AGUCAUUCUCAGGAAGAGCCCAUGGCUGCAGAAGGACAGGAGGUUCUGGCAGACUGCAACCUGAGCAAAUCCCAGGAAAUGGAAAGUAUGGAUAACAUGGAAGAUCUGAAGGAACACAACCAGUCUGGCGAAGAAGCAGGAGAUGAUGUGAUUAAAGUGAAAGGAGAAUAUGGUGAAAGAGAGGAGGCUGCUUUGAGCUCAGAGCCAAUGGAGAACCCGGAAGAAUCCGAAAUGUCUUACGUGUAUCCCAGAGAAUACGAGUAUGAAAGCAUCAAACUGGAAAGACAUUCUGGUUCCUAUGACACCACCAGGCCAGCCAGUGGGAAAAUGAACUGUGACAUCUGUGGAUUAGCCUGCAUUAGCCUCAAUGUCUUGAUGGUUCAUAAACGUAGCCACACUGUGGAGAAACCAUACAAAUGUGAGUUCUGUGGAAGGAGCUACAAGCAGAGGAGCUCGCUGGAGGAGCACAAGGAGCGGUGCCGGACCUGCCUGCAGGGCCCUGGGCUGUGCGAGGCUGCCAGCGUGGAGGCAAAGCACAGCAAGGCAGAGAUGGGGAGUGAAAGAGCCCUUGUGCUGGACAGGCUAGCAAGCAACGUGGCAAAGCGAAAAAGCUCAAUGCCCCAGAAAUUUAUUGGUGAGAAGCGACACAAUUUUGAUGUGAGUUACAACUCAAGUUUCAUGUACGAGAAGGAAAGCGAGCUCAUGCAGGGCCGGAUGAUGGACCAGGCCAUCAACAACGCCAUCACCUACCUUGGGGCAGAGGCCCUGCGCCCUCUGGUGCAGACGCCACCGGCUCCCACCUCCGAGAUGGUCCCGGUGAUCAGCAGCCUCUACCCCAUCGCCCUGACCCGCCCCGACCUGCCCAACGGCAACGCGCAGGACGCCGAGAAGAGCCAUGCCCACCUCAGGGACAAAAGCCUGUCUUCUGACAGAGGCCUUUCCCCAAACAACAGCGGCCAAGACUCCACAGACACUGACAGCAACCACGAGGAGCGGCAGAAUCCCACCUUCCAGCCAAGCCAGAUGAUCCCCGCCCAGCCCCGCAACGGCCUCCAGUCCCUGAAGGAUUUCCCCAGGCCUUACGACAUCCUCAAGCCCCCCGCCCUCUGCCCCCGCGACGCCUUCAAGGUCCUCAACAAGGAAGGGGAGGCCAUCGGGGUCUACCGCUGCGACCACUGCCGGGUCCUCUUCCUGGAUUACGUGAUGUUCACCAUCCACAUGGGCUGCCACGGCUUCCGCGACCCCUUCGAGUGCAACGUCUGCGGGUACCGCGGCCACGACCGCUACGAGUUCUCCUCGCACAUUGCGCGCGGGGAGCACCGGGUGCUGCUCAAGUAG